AUACAGAGAGGACCGGCGGCGCGCGCACAGUCAGCCUCAACACACUCCCAAACAAAGAGAAGCACGCGAGGCAGCAUCCCAACCCUCAGCUGCAUCCCUCUGUCUAGAACCGGCCCGGACCAGGCACCAUGACAACUAACGGCUCGGCCAACGGGACCAGCGACAUGCUGCAGAUCCAGUUUGGCCUCAUCAACUGCGGGAACAAGUACCUGACCGCAGAAACCUUUGGCUUUAAGAUCAACGCAUCAGCCACGAGCCUGAAGAAGAAGCAGAUCUGGACUCUGGAGCAGAGCGGAGACGAGUCCAACAGCAACGUGUUCUGCCUGAAGUCUCAUCUGGGCCGGUACAUCGCUGCGGAUAAAGACGGCAACGUGACAGGGGACAGUGAGACCCCAGGCCCCGAAUGCCGCUUCAUCAUCACGGCGCACGAUGACGGCCGCUGGUCGCUGCAGUCUGAGCAGUUCGGCCGCUACCUGGGCGGCACCGAGGACCGCAUCAUCUGCUUUGCCCAAACCGUGUCCGUGGCUGAGAAAUGGAGCGUGCACAUUGCCAUGCACCCACAGGUCAACAUCUUCAGCUUGACACGUAAACGCUAUGCGCACCUGAGCUCCAAGGUGGAUGAAAUCGCCAUUGACCGGGAUGUGCCGUGGGGAGUGGACUCCAUGAUCACGCUGGUGUUUCAGGAUCAGCGGUACCACCUGCAGACAUCCGACAACCGCUUCUUGCGCAACGAUGGCGCACUGGCGGCCACCCCUGACAAAUCCACGGGCUACACGCUGGAGUUCCGUUCCGGCAAAGUGGCUUUCAGAGACUGUAACGGCCUGUACCUGGCUCCCUCUGGGCCCUCCGGUACCAUGAAGUCCAGCAAGAGCGGGCGUGUUGGCAAGGAUGAGCUCUUCGUCCUGGAGCAGAGCCACCCGCAAGUCAUCCUCACUGCUGCCAAUGAAAGGAACGUCUCUACCCGGCAAGGCAUGGACUUGUCAGCCAAUCAGGACGAAGAAGGCGACCAGGAGGUGUUUCAAGUGGAGAUCUGCCGUGAGAACAGGAAGUGCGCAUUCCGGACCGCUGCGGGCAAAUACUGGACCCUCACGGCCAAUGGGGGCCUGCAGUGCACCGCCUCCACCAAGUCAGCUAAUUGCUACUUCGACAUUGAAUGGCGUGGGAAGAGGCUGACUCUCCGGGCCGCCAAUGGGAAAUAUGUUGCUGCCAAGAAGAAUGGACAGCUAGCAGCCACCAUUGAUGCCGCAGGUCCAAGUGAAGAGUUCAUCAUGAAGUUGAUUAACCGUCCGAUCAUUGUGCUGCGCGGGGAGCACGGCUUCAUCGGCUGUAGGAAAGUGACAGGGACGCUGGACUCAAACCGCUCGUCCUACGACUACUUCACCCUGGAGUUUAGAGACGGAGCCUACAGCCUGCAAGACUCCACAGGUAAAUACUGGAUGGUGGGUAACGAACAGUCGGUGGUGAGCAGCAGUGACGCGCCCGUUGACUUCCUGUUUGAGUUUUGCGACUACAACAAGCUGGCCAUCCGUCACGCUGCCGACAACAAGUAUCUCCGCGGCGACCACGCUGGCGUACUCAAAGCAAACGCCGACGACCUGGAAUCUGCAACCUUCUGGGAAUACUGAGCGAAACCACGGCAACGGCGUCACUGCUGUGGAGCGUGCACACAGCACUCCCGUCCCCCCAUCUACCUACCUACCGCUUUUUAUGUUGAACUGCACACUAAUAAGGAAGGGUCAUUUAUAUCGCCUUCCCUCCAGGCUCUGCUCUACAGUGUCAAACCUUUUUAUUUUUUAUUUUUUGUUGCCAUAGUUACAGAGGGGCUGUGCACUUUCCCCUGCUCCGAUCUGGUUGGCUGCUCGACCCGUCACUCCUCCCAUCCUUGCCUUAUGAUUGGGCCUCCCAGUGUGGCUCGGUCCCUUUUACCAGAGCAGAGCAGAACCACAAUAAAGCCCCUAUCUUAUCUCCACGUCCCCCCCCGUUCCCCUCCUCUUAAUGUCUCUAUUGUGAGCAGCACACGAUGGCAGUAUUUAUGACGUCCGACCGGGAGAUGCUUCUACCUGAUCUAAUAACCUAAACAGUCACUUCCUGUUUGUUCAUUUGGUCAUGUAGCAGCACCUCCAUAAAGUUGGAUCACUAUGUAUGUUUCUGGAGAUGGCCAUGAUGCCCGUGUCCAUUAAAAAACUAUGAUAUAACUGGAUUUUAAAAUUAUGGAAGACUUUCAUCUCGAGUGUUAAAAAAAAAAAAAAAAAAAAAAAUCACUAUAAAAUAAUUUCCUGUGUUGUUCUAGCUGUGUUCUCCUUGGUUGGGAGUCUGAAUGUCCUGGAUCAAACAGGAUGUAGGAAGUCAACCCCUCCCCUUUUUAUGCCCCAAUAGCUAUUGUUCAAAGUUUCAGAUAAUUAAAAAUAGUGCGGUAGGUUAUGUUUAUUGCACUCACCUGUCGUACUGGAAGAAUAAGAUACCCUUUUUGUAUGUCCAAGGCACAGACAUUAUCAUUAGUGGUGAAGAAGUCAGGUAGGUGUAGGAAUGUCAUAGGCCCCUGUUCAAAGCCUUUACCUUCAGCUCAACUAAACCUUAAACAUCUCAUUGAUUUCUGGUGCUACUAAAUCUCAAAAUAAUGCCGGUUUCUUAACAUGCUGUGCACAAAAACAUGUGCAAGCCUUAUGUGUAAUUUGUAAAUUUUUCGGUUUUCAUUACUGUCUGAACGUUGACAGCCUUAACAAAUGCAUUUUAUCAUCUCUGUUCCUGUCUUGAGUUAAAUAAAGCUUUGCUAACAUCUCAUGAAUUUUACUUUUGCCAUUGCACACCAGGGCUGUUUUUUGUUUUCAUGCAUUUUAGAAUGACAAAGUGGUUCUCAUCUCUAAUUCUCCCCAUGUGGAAAGCCAACCAUUGUUCCAUCUCUUCAUCUCAAAGGUCGUACAGUCGUGUGCCAUGUUGGUUAUCGUCUUCAUGGCACCGACAGCGAGGCAUGGUCAAAGAGAUGUGGAAGGUUACGUGGUAAUGACUGUGCCUUACAUGCCAGAUUUUCUGGGCCAUAGAAGAAAAAUGUAAGGAAAUGGAAGAUUUUGGAAAAAGAAGUCCACAUCUUUGCUUUGUAUAACUGGAAGUUCCUUUUUGUAUUAUUUUGUAUAAUUUUUUGAUAUUGUGGAUGAAUAAUCUCUCUUGUGCCAUUGGUUCACCUGAAAUUCAACGACCAAUAAAACCUGGAAUUUGGAAAGCU